UACCGUCUCUUGUCUUGAAUUUCUCAAGCUUACUGGAAUCCACCACACCACCAGUUAAAGCUCUUGCAGUUAUGGCAAACACCGCCCAGUGCUUCUAUUGCUUUGAAAGCCUGUUGGCCUCCUUUGAGGAUCGCCAGCCCCCCUCCCUGGCUGAUAUAGAGACCCUCUGGGAGCAGCAUGAGCAAUCUAAGAAGCUUUCGUCUCUUGGAGAUCAAAAUCUAGACGAGGAGCAAGAGGAUGCUGAGGCAGAGAUAGCGCAGUCCGUAAAUGAUUUGGACGCCGAUGCCGAGGGCACCAGGUCGUCCAACCGGCCUCAUGGCUUGAAACUACCUAGCAUCAACCGCCUACAAAGCCAGGUAUUGUCUGACUCGUCCAGCACAGCUACGACGCCUUCUUGUGCGUCAAAUACUUCGUCAAACUCGCUCUUGUCUAGUAGCACGACUGUGACGACCCCGAGCGCGCAAUCAGAGGGUAUAAGUUCAAGAGCCAAGUCUACCGGCCAGCGAUAUCCGCUGUUCGUGACUUGGAACACGGUUUCCCGCGGACACAAGUCGUUGCGCGGGUGCAUAGGCACAUUCGAAGCACAAGACCUCGAAGCGGGUUUGAAGUCCUACGCUUUGACUUCGGCCUUUGACGAUACCCGCUUCUCUCCGAUUCCCAAGUCCCUCCUGCCCUCGCUCUCAUGCUCCCUAACUCUCCUGGGCACAUUUGAGCCAUGUACCAACGCUAUGGACUGGACCCUCGGCACCCAUGGCAUCCGUAUCUCCUUCAUUCACCGUGGCCGUCGAUACGGUGCCACAUACCUACCCGACGUUGCCGUGGAACAAGGAUGGUCGAAAGAAGAGACUGUUGAGAGUCUGAUGCGCAAGGCAGGCUGGGACGGUGGUGCAGGCGGCGUUGCUCGGCGAUUACUACGCGCUGGAGCCAGUUCUAGCGGUACCAAGCCGUGGGAUCAAGUCUCCGAUUUCCGGACAGUCCGUUACCAGGGCCUUAAGGCGAGCGCGAGUUAUGAGGAGUGGCAGGAGUGGCGGACUUGGGUGCUUUCGCUGGAUGAUGGGCGGGAGAUUCUGGAUACGGCUUGAGUUUGCUGGUCCUUUGGUACCUCUUACAACCUCCAUAUGCCGUG